AUGACCCCAGCAACUACAGGAUAUAACACACCUGCCUAUACACCUGAAGGCUGCGGGGUGUAUAUUGCAGAAUUCGACAGAACGGGGGUUUUGAAAAAACCCUCAGAAAUAGGAAAUUUUCAGAUAAAAAAAGGCUCUCUCGUCCUUCUUAAGGCUUAUGAAGGAACACAAAAAGCAACCGUCACGGGGUGUAUAACCACCGACCCCCUUGGCAAUAAACACCAAUUAGAUAGCAGCAGGGAUUCAUUAGGUCAUUAUACAUUUAUAUUCAAUGCAGAAAUACCUGGCCCUUACAGGAUUCAAUUAUGUUUUGGUGGAGAAUGUUCAUCCGGUGGUCAAUCAACAGCAACAAGUUCUCCUUGUGGCGCAGUUCGUCAGCUGUCUCCUGCCCAGCCGCAGCAGCAGCAGCAGCAGCAAGAGCAGCAGCAGCAGCAGCAGCAGCAGCAGCAGGAGGAAUUAGGCCCCUGUACAACUAUUAUUGUACAACCUAUACUAACAAUAAAUGGUCAACAAAUACCCCCUGAGGGUUUGAGUGUACAGACAGCUCUGUCUAGAUGUUUAGGGGGAAUAAAAAGAUGGUGGAGAAUGUUUCAACAUGUAAAGGAUAUGGGGUAUAACAUGGUACAUUUUACUCCCCUGCAGACAGUAGGGGAAUCAGGCAGCUGCUACAGUUUAGCGAAUCAAUUAGAGAUAGACCCUUUCUUCUUUCGUGAUGAACCUGAUGAGGAAGGUGCAACAAAAGACAGCAAGACUCCUGCAGCAGCAGCAGCAGCAGCAGCAGCAGCAGAAAGUGGUGCAGCAGAUGCAGCAGCAGCAGCAGCAAAAGAAGAAGAAAGUUAUAAUAUUCUUCAUGCUGCUGUACAAAUGUUAGAAAAAGAAUUAGGAAUUCUCUCCGCUACUGAUCUUGUAUUAAAUCAUACUGCUAGUAAUAGUCAAUGGUUAAGAGACCAUCCAGAAGCAGGGUAUACAAUGGAGACAGCCCCCCAUUUACGUGCUGCUCUUGAAUUGGAUAGAAAAUUAGAUGAUUUUUCUUGUUGUUUAUAUAGAGGAGAAUUGUCUGGGGUUUUCGGGUGUACAGGCAGCAUAAAUAGCGAAGAAGAUCUACAAAAAGCAUUAAAAGAGAGCGGGAAGGCUCGUUGUGUAGAGAUAAAUAUAGAUAUAGAUUUGCUGCUGUCUUUGUAUCCAUCAUUAGAGUUUGCUGCUGAGCUGCAGCAGCAGCUGCAUGCAGUAAAAGAGCAGCUAAUAGCAGCAGCAGCAGAUUGUGAAUCUGCUGCUGCUGCUGCAGUAGAGGGACUUAUACGCUAUGAGAGGCUGCAGUGUAAGAAAGGACCAAUUACUGCAGAGAGCCCUCUUGUGCCCCGUUACUUUACUCUCCUCAGCCGCAGCAGCAGCAGCAGCAGCAGCAGCAACAGCAGCAGCAGCAGCAGCAGCAACGAGGAUUUUAUUGCUUUUGCUAACAAUGGAUGGGUUAUGUGCUGGGAUGCAACAAAGGACUUUGCUGCUCCUGGCUCAUUAGUUUAUCUAAAAAGACAAUUAGUUGUAUGGUCUGAUUGUGUUAAACUCAGGUAUGGAUCUUGUCCUGAGGAUUCUCCUUUCUUAUGGGAGAUGAUGGGCAAAUAUUGCAGAAAUACAGCAAAAAUAUUUCCUGCUGUUCGUCUUGAUAAUUGCCAUUCUACACCCAUUCAUGUUGCUGAGCAUAUGUUACGUGAAUGCCGUCGUGUUCGGGAAGAUAUUUGGGUGUAUGCUGAGCUAUUUACUGGUAAUCAAUUAAUAGAUGCAUCUUUUGUAUCUUUUUUAGGUGUAACAGGAGGUGCAGCAGCAGGAUCAAGUAGUAAUAAUAAUAUAACAACUGCAACAGGUCCAGGUGCAGCAGCAGCAGCAGCAGCAGCAGCAGCAGCAGGUGGUGUAUUAAUGCCAUUACCUAUGCGUUUAUGUCCUGCAUUAUUUUAUGAUUGUACUCAUGAUAAUGAGCCAGCAGCAACAAAAUUUAAUGCUGCAGCAACAUUACCAUUUGCUGCUGUUGCUGCUGCUGCUGCUGCUGCAUGCGGCAGCACAAGAGGCACUGACGAAAUUAUUCCUUAUACUCUUUCUGUUGUAACAGAGAGAAGAUUGUAUAAGGAUUACCAUCCAGAGACUCCUAUAAGGAACCCUGCUGCAGCAGCAGCAGGAGCAGCAGCAGCAGCAGGAGCAGCAGCAGGAGCAGGAGGAACAGCAGCAGCAGGAGGAAAUGCAGCAACAGGAGCAACAGGAAAGAAAGGAAAUGCAGCAACAAAUGGUACAAAUGUAGGAAAGGGUAAGACAACAAAUGCAGCAACAGAUGUAGCAGCAACAGCAGCAGCAGCAGCAGCAGCAGCAGCAGCAGGAGAUGAAUGUAUAGAAGUGGAAUUAAGUGGUGUAAUAACAGAGGUUCCUUUAUUAGCAACCCUGGUGGUAGAUGGCGAGGGUUUAGGAGGUCGUUUUGCUGAGGCACGUCGUGAGAUAUUAGGGUAUGCGCGUGUUCUUCGUCAUGGAUUAAUCCCCAACUUAUUAGAUUCAGGGAAUAACCCUAGAUAUAAUGCAAGAGAUGCUACUUGGUUCUUUAUGCAGGCAAUUCAAGACUAUUGUGCUGCAGCUCCUGAGGGUUUAGGGUUUUUACAAACCCCCGUAGAAAUAAAGUAUGGAGCGCAUGCAUCGCAACUACCAGAGAAAAUAAAUAAUAUAGCUGAUGUUAUGCAUCAUAUUCUUGCUUCCCAUGCCAAGGGUAUAUCUUUCCGUGAAUGGAAUGCUGGGAAAACCCUUGAUGAACAUAUGCAAGAAAAAGGGUUUAAUAUUGAUAUAUUUGUAGACCCUAAUUCGGGUCUAAUCUUUGGUGGUAAUGAUAGGAACUGUGGUACUUGGAUGGAUAAAAUGGGUUCCUCGGAUAAGGAAUUAGCUCGUCAAUAUCUAACCCGUGUACAGACCCAUCUAUACGGACCCCAACAGUUAGGGCUCAAAACCCUAAACCCUUCUGAUUUACAGUAUAGACCUGAUUAUAAUAAUGCAGAUGAUGGGGAAGAUAAGAGUACUGCUCAUGGAUGGAACUAUCAUCAAGGUCCUGAAUGGGUUUGGCCUCUUGGUUACUUCUUGGAGGCAAAGCGAAUAUUCUUUGGCCCUGAUGGUACUGACAAAGAAACCAGCAGCAGCAGCAGCAGCAGCAGCAGCAGCAGCAGCAGCAGCAGCAGCACCACUGACAGCAUCAACGACAACGACAACGACAGCAGCAGCAGCAACGACAACGACAGCAGCAGCAGCAGCAGCAGCAGGGGAGAAAAGUAUAAUAAAGAUUCUUCUUAUGUUUGUCCGUCUACUAGGGAAAGUAUAUUAAGGGACCUGUCUAUACACCGCGAAUAUAUACUCACAAACCCUUGGCGUUCCUUACCUGAACUUACUAAUCAUAGCGGCACGUAA